GCGAUGGCCGUGGGCUGUGUGCGGCAGCAGAGAGGCACUGGGAGCCCCGGCCGAGUGAGUGUGGGGCCGUAGCGGCCAACGGAACUGGAGACGCUGAACCCGAUGUGGGGACUUACGGAAACGUGGUCCGUCCCCUCCCCCCCAACAGUUCCAUCCCCAGCUAAACCUCUGGGACCAAAUGAUAGCUCUGACAUGGCAGCAGCAGGUCCAGGCAGCAGGGUACAGAAGUGUCAUCCUGUGAUUCUCUCAGGAUGGCAGGAGAGUAGUUCCAGAUGCUCCUGGCAAAAAUCCUCAAAAUGUUGACCCUGUUGAAGCAGAUGUCCUCGUCUGAACCUGGAAUUCCUAAAUCCCUGCUCUUUGUGAACCAGUCACAUGCAAGAGAGAUGGAACUUCUCUGUCUGUGCUAAAUUGGCUGGAGCACACUCCUGGAGAUUUUGGGUAAGAUUGUGAGAUGGGGACUGAGAGAAAGGUGAUUCCCAAGGAAGAAAUCUCCGAAGAAACUGAGUCACACAGGCCACCAUUAGAGAAAUUUGCAAAAGUGGCUUACCAAGGUCACAAGUUUAAAACAUCCUGUGAGGAUGACAUGUUGGAGAGGCAUUUGAGGGAGUCCUCACAAGAGAUUAUAGAGCACAUGUCUCCCCAACAGAGAGACUUUACAUCAGAGCCAGUUGUCUUUCAGUCAUCUCCCUCGAGUGAGAAAGAGCCAGAGAACAGCAAGAGGGAGACAGUCUGUAGCCCCAUCCCGAGUCUUGUGGCACAUCAAGAAAGUUCUACAGCAGAGAGGGUUGGUACAUUUGCUGCCUCCAGUCAAAACUUCACAGUGAGUAGUCUAGAACUUAGUGAAACACUAAGGACUUCUGUGGGAGAAAAGCCACACACCUGUAAAGAAUGUGGAAAAGCCUUUAAUCAGAACUCCCAUCUCAUCCAGCAUAUGAGAGUUCACAGUGGAGAGAAACCCUUCGAGUGCAAAGAGUGUGGGAAGCCAUUUGGAACCAACUCCAGCCUUCGAAGACACCUGAGAAUUCAUGCUGGCGAGAAGCCCUUUGCUUGCAAUGAAUGCGGGAAGGCCUUCAUCCAGAGUUCACAUCUCAUCCACCAUCAUAGAAUUCAUACGGGAGAGAGACCCUAUAAGUGUGAAGAAUGUGGUAAAGCCUUCAGUCAGAACUCAGCCCUGAUUCUCCACCAGAGAAUCCACACUGGAGAGAAGCCUUACGAGUGCAAUGAAUGUGGGAAGACCUUUAGGGUUAGCUCUCAGCUUAUUCAGCAUCAAAGAAUUCAUACCGAAGAAAGAUAUCAUGAGUGCCACGAGUGUGGCAAAGCCUUCAAGCAUAGCUCAGGCCUCAUUCGACAUCAGAAGAUUCACACUGGAGAAAAACCGUAUCUGUGCAAUGAAUGUGGGAAAGGCUUUGGGCAGAGUUCUGAGCUUAUCCGCCAUCAAAGAAUCCAUACGGGGGACAAACCCUAUGAAUGCAAUGAGUGUGGGAAAACUUUUGGCCAGAACUCGGAGAUUAUUAGACAUAUUCGAAUCCAUACUGGUGAGAAGCCCUAUGUGUGUAAAGAAUGUGGGAAGGCCUUCAGGGGGAACUCGGAACUGCUUCGACAUGAGAGAAUUCACACAGGAGAGAAGCCCUAUGAGUGCUUCGAGUGCGGAAAGGCUUUCAGGCGCACCUCCCACCUCAUCGUCCACCAGCGCAUUCAUACCGGAGAGAAACCUCAUCAGUGUAAUGAGUGUGCAAGAACCUUUUGGGAUCAUUCUGAGCUGCUGCUCCAUCAGAAAAUCCAUGUUGGAGAGAAACCUUAUGAAUGUACGGAGUGUGAGAAAACAUUCAGCCAGCAUUCCCAGCUUAUCAUGCAUCAGAGAAUUCACACUGGCGAGAAGCCUUACGAGUGUCAAGAGUGCCAAAAGACCUUUAGCCGGAGUUCUCACCUCCUUCGGCAUCAGAGUGUUCACUCUAUGGAGUGAUCUAGAAAACUGGAAAGGUGCGGUGGAGAGUCGGAAGUCAGACUUAGUAUUUGUCAUCUGUCCUCCCGUUCAGGUCUAUCUUCAGAUCACCCGAAUGGACAGAAAAAAACUGUCUUUUCACCAUUGUUUUCACAGUUGGUUGAAAAAAUAAGGCACUUUUAUUAA